AUGGAUGCCGACAAUGACCAGAACAGCAGCGCUCUGGGCAGCAAGGAGUCGUCAAAGGGUAUAUUGGACAGCUCCCGGUCGCCGGUCCCACCCAUGGAUUUGAAUCAGAGAGACCAACCAGUCGUGGAUGGAUCGAUAAAACCGCAAGCUCAGCCCAGUCACGGCCACAUGAAGCCGCACAAGCCUGAUGCGACCCAGGAUCUGCGCUCUGCUCCUUUGCUCGGAAAUUUGACUCGCUCAUCUAGCCGUGCACCGCGGAGAUUCAGUGGGAGCACAGCAGCGAGUACCGCAGCCAGCUCUAUCAGCGAGAUAGACCAACCCGCCGCUCCAAGGCCUUGGAGGAUCGGAGUUUGUGCCUUGGAUGUCAAAGCACGGAGCAAGCCAAGCCAGAACAUCCUCACCCGGCUCCAGUCCAAAGGCGAAUUCGAGGUCAUAGUUUUUGGCGACAAGGUCAUCUUGGACGAGGCCGUGGAGAACUGGCCGGUGUGCGAUUUUCUAAUUGCUUUUUUCUCGGAUGGGUUCCCUCUGGACAAGGCGAUCGCAUACGCUAAACUGCGGAAACCAUACUGUGUCAAUGACCUCCCCAUGCAGAAGGUGCUAUGGGAUCGCCGAUUGUGCCUGAUGAUUCUGGACCAGAUGGGCGUCCCGACUCCUAAGAGGCUGGAAGUGAAUCGCGACGGCGGACCGGUAUUGGAAUCCUCCGAACUCGCUCAACACAUCUACCGAUUGACGGGCGUGAAGUUGGAAGGCCCUGAGGACGGGACCGGAGGCGGAGCCCCUAGAACACAGAAAGUGUCCAUGUCCGAGGACGGAGAAGCUUUGGUGGUGGAUGGAAAGGUUUUUCGAAAGCCCUUCGUCGAAAAGCCAGUGAAUGGCGAAGAUCACAACAUUCACAUCUACUUCCCCAACGACCAACAGUACGGAGGUGGAGGACGCAAGCUCUUCCGCAAAGUUGGCAACAAAAGCUCGGAAUACGAUCCCAAUCUUUCCGUGCCAAGGUCAGUCACAGAGACGGAGACUAGUUAUCUCUAUGAGCAAUUUCUGCGGGUGGAUAAUGCCGAGGACGUCAAGGCCUACACUGUAGGACCAGACUUCUGCCACGCGGAAACGCGGAAGUCUCCCGUGGUGGAUGGGCUAGUUCGUCGAAAUACCCAUGGCAAAGAGCUUCGAUAUAUCACCAAACUGAGCAAGGAAGAAGCCACGACCGCUUCCAAAAUCUCUAAUGGAUUUGGGCAGAGGAUCUGCGGCUUUGACAUGCUGCGCGUGGGCGACAGAAGUUAUGUCAUCGAUGUAAAUGGAUGGAGUUUUGUCAAGGACAAUAACGACUACUAUGACAAGUGUGCCAAAAUCCUUCGCGAUACCUUCAUGAUCGAGCGGCGCAAGGCCGAUGGGUCAUUGGAAGCUUCAGAGCCCCCAUCGCCAGACAUGGGCCCUUCCAGAAGAAGUACAGCAGGCUCUCAUCGACAGGCAUUGAAGACUUUGCUCAAAUCGCCCAGCACAUCCAGGCUAUACGGUGCUCAGAAUUCCCACAAAGCUCAUGAAACAGCCUUGUCCGAUGUUUCGACAACCACUCCUUCACUUGCAUCUUCCUCCGGCCUCGAGAGCGCUGAUACAGCCGCUAGCAUCAACAACUUGGCCUCCCGAGAUGGCCGCUCUGAUUCUCGCGGGUACAGUCCCAACAACACAAAAUCCCCUGCGCUAUCGCUUCACCAUGCCAACGAAGAAGCUCCUCCACCACCUCUUCCUGCCUCUAAGCAUUCAUGGAAACUGAAAGGAAUGGUGGCUGUUAUACGGCAUGCGGAUCGUACUCCGAAACAAAAGUUUAAAUUCACUUUUCACAGCCAGCCUUUCGUCGAUCUUCUGAAAGGUCAUCAGGAGGAGGUGGUGAUCAAGGGGGCCGGAGCAUUGUCCAGUGUUUCUGAUGCUGUCAAGAUUGCCAUGGAAAAAGGACUGGAGGAUAUGGAAAAGUUGAAACUGCUUCGUACUUCCUUGGAGAAGAAGGGUGGAUGGCCUGGAACCAAAGUCCAGAUCAAGCCCAUGUUCCGGAAGCGAAGACCCGAAGAAAUGCGCGAGCAGAGCUCUUCCUCCACGGCGACCCCCACGGCCCCAUUAGGCGAGGCGGGUUAUGGAGAACAGGAACCAAUGUCUCCGAUAGCUGCAGAAGCCACUUCGGAGAGCGAAGCCCUGCGGAGGUCUCAGACGCGCAGUGACUCUAUGUCCGGUCCGACCUUCUCUCGAUUUUCUGCGGUUGAGAAUGAUUUGAUUCUGGAUAAACUACAACUUGUCAUCAAGUGGGGUGGGGAACCGACACAUGCUGCUCGCUAUCAGUCGCAGGACCUUGGACUUAACAUGCGAGAUGACCUGAAGUUGAUGAACAAAGAGGCUCUCAAUAAUGUCCGACUCUUCACCAGCUCGGAACGAAGAGUGAGCACGAGUGCACAAAUCUGGGCUUGUUCAUUCCUCGACCAGAAAGAAAUUCCCGAAGGGUUUUUACAAGUUCGAAAGGACCUGCUCGAUGACUCAAAUGCUGCAAAGGAUGAGAUGGAUAAGGUCAAGAAGAAGCUUAAGCUGCUUUUGAGAGAGGGCUCUGCGCCUUCGCAAUUUGCAUGGCCCAAAGACAGCAAUAUACCCGAGCCAUCUGUCGUCUUGGCCACAGUGGUUGAGUUGAUGAAAUUUCACCGGAGUGUCAUGCGCCACAACUUCAAGAAACUGGCGGAUAGCUCCAGUACCGCACCAAAUUUUGCCAAGAACCCAGAUGAAAACAACUAUGUCGAUCUGCAAUCCGAGAGUCUUGAGAUCUCCAACAUCCAGGGACGUUGGUGUGCCGGAGAGGACCCACGACUUUUCAAGGAACGAUGGGAAAAGCUCUUUGCCGAGUUCUGUGACACAGAAAAGGUGGACCCGAGUAAGCUUUCCGAGUUAUACGAUAGCAUGAAGUUCGACGCUCUACAUAACCGCCAAUUCUUGGAAUGGGUUUUCAUGCCUCCGGACAAUGAUCGCGAGGAUGAUGAUGAAUGCAGCCUCAAAGGCAAGGGCUCGGCCAAAUCUGACUCGGCUUCUGACGGAAAACUCGGGUCCGACGUUUCCAUGGAGAAGACCGACGAGCGAGCUGAGAAUCAGACAUUUGCCCACCGACUGGGACUGAAGAAGCGACUUCAUGUGCCGGAGUCGUUGCCACACCUUCGUGCACUCGACGAAUCGUACGACCAUUAUUUCAAGCUCUUCCCGGGUUCUAACUCCAGCAAAUGCAAGAUGGAUGAGCGUCUCUCUAAACUUCGAGAGCUGUACAAAUUGGCAAAGGUGUUAUUUGACUACGUGACGCCUCAGGAAUAUGGCAUCACGGACAGCGAAAAAUUGGAGAUUGGCCUCCUCACCUCGCUUCCCCUUCUCCAAGAGAUUGUUCACGACCUGGAAGAGGUCCAAGCCUCUGAAGAUGCAAAAUCCUUCUUCUAUUUUACAAAGGAGUCUCACAUCUACACACUCAUGAACUGCAUUUUGGAGGGUGGCAUACAGACCAAGAUUGCUCGCAGCGCCAUCCCAGAGCUCGACUACCUCUCUCAGAUUUGCUUCGAGCUCUACGAGGCCCGAGAUAGCGAGUCGGAUGUCAAUUCCUACUCCAUUCGGAUUUCCAUCAGUCCGGGCUGCCACGCUUUCGACCCGCUUGAUGUGCAACUCGACUCCCGGCACGCCAUCGGUUGUGCCCCGCGCCGUAGCCUGACUGCGCAUCAAGACUGGAAAGAGGUGAUUGAGACAUUGAAGGCCAAGUUUGAUACAGUCAAACUCCCAAAAUCAUUCAUUGCCGUCAAUUUGAGUGACAAACACCUUGCCCCCCAGCCCGACGAACAGCAGAGCCCAUGA